AUGAAAAGGGCUGAGCCAAGCCCAGCCCGUGGGGGGUUAGCGUGGCCAAAUGAGCCCAGCCGUCAUGGCUCAAAGCUUGGGCUGCCGAGCCGAUCCGAUUUCGGAAGAAUGCGUUCGAGAACAAGAACACGUGCACCGAGAAUUCCUUUUAAGAGCUUUAUCUUUGAUCUUGGAAGAAUGCUUUCGAGAAAUUCUCUCUUGUGUUUAAAGAAGAGAGCUAGUCCAAGUGCGAGUAGAGCAAUGGCAACUAAGCAGGUCACAACAAUGGUGAUCAAGGUUGACCUUGAAUGUGAGAAAUGCCACAAGAAAAUCAAGAAAGUACUGUGUAAAAUCCCUCGUGAGUUUCUGAUUCUUUCUAGCUCCAUUAAAACAUUAGAAAUUCAGAAUCAGAUAUAUGACAAGAAGGCAAACACAGUGACAAUCACUGUGGUAUGUUGCAGUCCUGAAAAGAUCAAGAAAAAGAUAUGCUGCAAAGGAGGUGAAGCUGUCAAAGGCAUUGAGAUCAAGGUGCCAAAACCGAAUCCUGUUCCUGUUCCUGCUGCACCUGUUCCGGCUCCGAAACCAGAUCCAAAACCUAAUCCUGUUCCUGCUCCACCAGCUCCUAAACCGGUUGCAGGGUUCCCACCAGUACCGGACCACCCAAGGACAUGCUGUAGUGAAUGCUAUCAAGGAUUCGGUGGAGGUCCAUGUUAUCAUGGCUAUGGUAGGCCAACACCCCAAUGUUAUGAACCUUAUGGAAGGCCAGUGUAUGAUAGCUGGGGUUGUAGUUGCCGAAGCAGGGGUUACUAUGUGUGUAGAUGUGAAUAUGUUUGUGAAAAUGAUCCCUCAUCAUGCACAAUCAUGUGA